AUGGAUCUCGACGGUGUCGAUGACCGUUCUCGACGGGCGACCAGUGUCUUAUCCAUGGAUGAUAUUGAAGCCGCCCAGGCUCUUGAAGGCCUUCGUUCGGAUUAUCAAUCCCCACGUACAUCCUCGCAGCAUUCACCCAGAGCUACGAUGACGACCUCUGUUUCUACCUCCGACUCGAACCAGCCGGAACCUCUCCUCUCUCUACUCACCUCGACCCAUCCGCUGAUCUCCUCAGCCAUCAACGGUUCCAUGUCCGCCUAUACCUCGUCUAAGUCGUAUUCUCCGCGCUUCAGGUACGGCGCCGAGUUUAUCGAGCGCACCAUCGGCUCGCCCGUAGCCAAUACGGUCCAUACCGUGGGACGGAAGACGGGCGUGGAGAGCGGACUCCGCUGGGCGCUGCAGCGACGGGGGUCUGCGUCCGUCGAGGCCGCUGGUCCCACCGCCACCAAACGUCGCAAGGUGGACACGAAGAGUCAUUUCCACGGUGAUGUCGAUGUGGAAAAGGGGUUGAGAGACGACGGCGUGCCCGUACACCGGACACGAAGCGUCUCUGACCUUUCUCUCCCCGAAUCUCUUCCUCCCUACGACGAUCUUAGAUCACCGAGCUAUGAAGAUCUGGGCAAUGGAACGCAGAGCCCGGAAACGAAAAAUGCCUCCAGGCAGGUCAACCCGACCUGGCAGAAUAGACUGAUGAUCUCCACGUCGGGUCUUGGAGUGGCGAUGAGUGAGGAAUCGAUGCGAAGCCUACAGUAUUGCCUGACGUGGCUGCGGUGGGCGAAUGGCCGGUUAGGGAAAUCCAUCGUUGCUCUCAAGGGUGCACUACAGGAAUGGGAGAAGUCGACGCAGGAGAACGAUGAGGAUGUGUCUGCGACCAGCUCCCGGAACAACCUUCUCACACAGCGGAUCCAGGCUGUCCGCGAGGAUGUCCUCGCCACCUUGAAACAGGUGGUGGACAUCAUCUCCAAGUAUGCCGGCGGCGCGCUGCCGGAGAACGCGCGCAAUCUGGUGCGUCGCCAUCUCACAUCGCUGCCGCAACGGUUCCAGAUCGCCUCGACGUCAAAUCCUCCCCCAAAUACGACUGCGAGUGCGUCGGAUGUGACCGUCAGUGCUCAUCGUAUCCUCGUCCUGGCCCAGGAAGGAUUAGACAUGAUGGCGCAGGUCAAUAGCGUGGUUAACGACACCUUGGUCAGUGCGGAACACUGGUGCAGCCGCCUGGGCAAACGGUCUCCACAAGCCAGGGAGUCGGAAGCUCCGUCGUCGCAGCCGGCCCAGCAAUCCCUGUCUCUCGAUGAAAAGCUGCCCACUGCGCCGACAAGUGAACAAGACGUUCACAUGGGCGGGAUAGAGAAAGCAUGA